GAGCUCCGCCUCCGGCAGCGUGUCCUAGGGAACGGUCACUGGGCUGCAGCGUGGUCUCUGCAUCUCUUCCCACAGAUGCGGCCUGACCUGCAGAGUAUUUCCAGCAUUUUCUAUUUCCCUCUCAGUUUGAUUUGAUUUUCCUGACUCGGCAUCGCUUCCCGCGCCGUUGCCCGGGCGACUCUCCGAUGGCGGCCCCGGUGCAGCGGCUGAGUCACCUUGCCUUCCAUGUUGGCAACAGCGAACACCUGGCCCGCCAGCUGGUGCGAAGCUUCCGUUUCCAGCUGUGCGGCAGCCGGGAGACGCCGAGCGUCCGCCAGCUGCUGCUCAGGAAAGGCUCUGCCGUGUUCAUCGUCAACGAGAGGGUGGGCGGCGGGUGCGCGGAGCCGGGGCCGCAGGGCUUCCUGUACGACGCGGCUCCGGCCCAUGUGGUGGACACGGCCUGCAACGUGUCGUUCGAGGUGAAGGACGUGGAGCGGGCGACGCUGAGCUUGAGCCGUCUCGGCUGCCGGAUCCUGGUGCCGCCGAGCCCAGUGGAGGACGAGCAGGGCUCGGUCACUUAUUCUGUGAUAGAGUCGGUGGUCGGUGAUGUGCGCCACACUCUCAUCGAUCGGAGCUACUACUCUGGCGACUUCCUACCCGGUUUCGGGCCGCCACCUGCCUCUGCGGUCUGGGCUCAGGAGCAGGCCGGCGGUCCGGUGGCAGUCACUCAUUUUGAUCACAUAACCUACGCGUGUCCUCAAGGGCACAGCGGCUGCAUCAUGGACUGGUACCGGUGCUGCUUCGGCUUCCAGCGCUUCCUCAUGAACCGAAAUGAAGAUGUAGAUAAUGGUUAUGUUAUUCAAGGGAAUGACAUUGGACUGCGCUUGACUGCUAUGGAAUACUGGAAAUGCAGUGAAUUUGGCAUGUCAAUCUCUACAAAUGAAGAGAAGAAAACGGACUGCAAAUUUGUGAUUGCUGAGUCCUUACCCUAUCAAGGUAGAAACCAAGUUGACACAUUUCUGGAGGAGCACCAUGGAGCUGGGAUACAGCAUGUGGGAUUGUACACUACUGACAUAGUUUCUGCCUGCAAAUCUCUGGCGGAUGCUGGAGUUAAAUUUUUUACUCCUCCUUCUACGUAUUACACAGAGAUUGAGAAACAGCAGGAGAUCAUGAAAGUAGGAGAAGAUCCGGAGUUGCUUUCACGAUAUGGCAUUCUUCUGGAUUCAGAAGUUGAUGGUGAGCCCUGUAAAGGAGAAGCCAAAUGUCAUGGACCAGCUAAUAACAAGAAAAGGUACCUCAUGCAAAUGUUUACAAAGCCAAUAUUUUCUGAAGAGACGUUUUUUCUUGAACUCAUUGAGCGAAAGGGUGCCUCAGGAUUUGGAGAUGGGAACAUCCGUGCACUGUGGAAAUCUGUUCAGACUUUUAUGGAUCAGCAAGAGGAGAAUAAAACUGUAAAAGGAAUAUCAACUAGGAAUGCAAGCUUGCCCUCAAGGUGAAGGACUGCUGAGUGGCAGUUGGAGUCCAUUAGGUCACAUAAUUGACAUUGAGCUUUUAGUGGCUGCUUUCCACAGAGAAAUGAGCAUGAUGUAUAAAUGUACUGUAACAGAUAUUUAUCAAGAUCUGUAAUCUCUUUACACACUUCAUAAAGUUUUCAAGGGCCUUGCACCAUAUUUAGGUAGAUUUAAGUUCUAUAUUCUGACCCUGGGAAAAUACAAGAAUUCCCUAUAUUGCUUUUGUAACCACUUGGGCUUUUAAAUCUAGAUCACUUGAUUUGAUUUUAACCUGAAUCCAAUUGGAUUCAGAAUCCUGCUGUUCAGUUAGUUUCACUUUUUCUGGUUACUGCCAGAAAGCUCUGUAUAGAUGACCCCUGCGUUAUGGCCAUUCAGUUAACGAAAAUUAACCCUUACAGAAUUCAUGAAGUCACUAGCCAACAAUUUGAGAUGUGGAAUAAAAUUCACCCUCGUGGUAUUUAUGUGGGGGCAAAAAAAAAAGUAAUUAAAUGAAAACUUUUUUUGCAACUCACGUUUCUUGACAUACACACAG